UGCCCGGCGCCUCCCCGCGCGGGGAUGCUGCGGCUCGGCUGCGGGCUGAGGCAGGUCGGGGCGGCGCCCGGCGCUCGGGCCUCCGCUCAGCGCCCUUCUGGCGCCGAGAUGCCUAAGAAGGCUGGUGCGACGAGCAAGGGUAAAUGCCAGAGCAAGGAACCAGAGAGACCACUUCCUCCCUUAGCUCCUGUGGCUGUUGAUCCUAAAGGUUGUGUCAUCAUAGCCAUCCACGCCAAACCUGGCUCCAAACAGAAUGCCGUAACAGAUUUGACAGCAGAAGCCGUAAGUGUAGCUAUUGCAGCACCUCCGUCGGAGGGAGAGGCCAAUGCUGAGCUCUGUCGGUAUCUUUCCAAGGUCUUAGAACUCAGGAAGAGUGAUGUGGUUUUGGAUAAGGGUGGUAAAUCUCGUGAAAAGGUGGUGAAACUUUUGGCCUCCACAACUCCAGAAGAGAUCUUGGAGAAGUUAAAAAAGGAAGCCAAAAAGAAAUAAAAGCACGAAAUGAAAAAUGCAUCAGUGGGAAGCUUUUUUGUUGCUAAUGACAAAGAGUCUGUUAAAUAGGAAAAUAUAUUUGAAUACACAGAAGAACAUAAGAAAAUAUGUAUAUAUUUAAAUAAGAUUUAAAAAAUUAGAAAUUUUUAAAGUACUGUACAUUAUUAUAUAGGUUCUAAAAUCCCUGACCCUAAACAACCUGGAACAUAUUAUUCUGAUUUCAUGGCAUUACAAAAUAACAGAGCCAGAAAGGGUAUUCAAGACGACCUGACUUAACACCUUUCAUUCUAUGAUGGGGCUUCUGACAUCCAGAAGUUGAGAGACUUAUUCAAGGUCAUACCAUGCAAGAUGGCAACUGGAACCCAGAUCCCUUGACUCCUGGUCGAAUGCAGUUUAUCCUGAUUGUAAAUGCAAAUGAUAAUAUCUCUGCAACAGUUCUGGAAUUCUGCAGAUUGCCUUCUACUCCACUUUACAAAUGACAGAGAAAAAUUUGUCACGCUGCUUCAUAGUCUUACCUUAUAUUUUAAGAUGUUUAUCUGAAUGCAAAAUGUUUUUCACAUCUUUUAAAGACUAUAUGAACAUCUUGUGAAAAAGUAAGAAUAAUCAAGACUUGUAAUUUAAUAUGAAUUACAACUUUUGAGACAUCGCUGAGUUUCCCUCUUCCUCCACGAUAACUUGCAGUCAUCAAGUCAGCAGUUCUCUGCAUCUCCAAAGGCCCUUAGAAGAAGAAAGAGGACCUGGAAGCUAUUUUCAGUAUUUGUAAAAGCCUCUCAGAAAUCACAUUCAUAUUAAGGUUUCAGAAGCUGAUAAUAAAUACAUUUUUGCAUAUUCA